GUUUGGGAGUCUUUGUUUUAUUUACGUCACUGUUUUUGAUGAUAUUUUUAUUGCUUGGUUUAUGUUGAAUCGUGCAAAUGGGACAUUAGACGCCAUAUGUUGGACAUAGAUGUGAUGGAAAGGCAGAAGCGUCAUGGUUCAGUGCCUUCUCGUAUCUAGGGAGUGACAUGUCCGGUUUUCGUUAUACAAUUUGGCGCCGACCCUCUACUCUGUAACAUUAUAUAACGAAUGAUUCAGCCGUCUGAUGCUUGAUGGUUACUACCUUAAGUCUGAAGCAAUUGAUGGACGUGUCAUUUGAGAGUUUGAAGGAUUCCUAAGACAAACUCAAGAUGGACUACAAUCGGCAGGUUUCCAGACUCACUACUGUCAGUGCACCGCCCAUGAGAAUGAACAGUUCGAUGGACCCAGGCGGCACCAAGAUGCAGAGGUUUGGAAGAUUCAUGAAAUCAAGCAUUGCUGAUUUCUUUGGUGUCGGAGAUGACAUGGAGGAAUCUAGAGCCAAGUGGGACAACCGCUGCAAGAGGUACGCUGGAUCUAUAGGGAAGCUGAAGAAGACAGUUGAGGAUGACGUUGAUGGGUCACGACUACCCCACAUCGUGGACCCCCUCCGACAUCCGACAUCACGGCGCAGCACACCCAUGUCCAGCAUCAGUACAUACUACCGGAGUACUCAAGGGCUGCCACGCAAAAGGGCACGGAAAGACUCGGUUGUGAAGAUGACACUGAAGGGCCUCACAACAUUAGCAGGAGCUCGCAGAAAUCUCCGUGUUAAGAAAGGCUUGAAAAAUCGAGGUUAUGCCCCAGCAAGUCUGGCGGAGGAUAUGAUGGAUGCAUCCAGCUACACCCCCUCCCAGGUAUAUCCUAUGACAGAGGACCACUUCAGCCUGGAGGACGAUGUGUUUUAUGAUGAACCCGUGACAGAGGUAGAGCCUUCCAAACUGGACCGGAUUCGGAGGAGUCGGAUGCUGCAGACGCCAAGGCUGCCCGUGAUAUUGGACAUUUCCAACAUGUUGCCCUUCAGACCUGCUGCAGGGUGGCGUCGGACCCCGCCCCAAGCCUACCCCUCCACCCCAGGGACAGGCAUUGAUGAGGUAGAUUUUGGAUUGGGUCAGAUUACACAGAAGGUGAUGGACUCAGUUCUGGAGAGGAACAAGCGAAAUGUUGGGAUGGGAUUUGUGGGUCGCCUCAUGAACCGAAGCUUCAGGAGUGACAGACAGACAGAGGAUGUCAAGCAUCAGAUAGAUGAGAUGGAUGAUCACAGGCCCUACUUCACUUACUGGGUCACCUUUGUCCAGAUUGUUGUCUUCAUCGUGUCUGUGUCCGUCUAUGGCAUCGCUCCUAUUGGCAUCAGUGAGACUGUCUACUCUGAAACAGUGCGCAUGCCAAACCUAGCCAUGCAGCUGGAACAUCACCGGGAGAGAGACAACUUGUGGAUUGGACCCAGACAGGCUGACUUGAUCCACCUGGGGGCAAAGUACGCUCCAUGUAUGCGCUGGGACGAAACGCUGAACCGGGCACUGGCAUUGGAUACUGCAGAGGAGAGGACAUCGGCCUGCUGUGUCAGGAACGAUGGCUCAGGAUGUGCUCAGAUGACAGAGAAGAGAUGUAGUAGUUUAUUAUCUACAUUCCUGAAGUGGGACAACAACACUCAAGGAGUUGGCAAGAGAACGUCAGGAUCCGUGUGUGGCCAGGACCCUCAAUUCUGCACUGACCCUGCCUCAGUCCCUCCGUUUAAGUGGGCAGACGACAUCACACAGUGGCCGCUUUGCAAGACAACAACUGAACUGAACCAAACCAAAGCAAGUAGUGAAAAUCGGCACAUGACCUGUGAAGUGGUAGGUCAUCCCUGUUGCCAUGGUAUCCAGGGAGAGUGUUUCAUAACAACAAGAGAACACUGUGAUCUGAAGCGAGGCUACUACCAUGAGGAUGCAUUCCUAUGUUCACAGGUGAAGUGUAUGCAGCAAAUAUGUGGAAUGAUUGUGUUCUCCCACCCCGACCACCCUGACCAGUUCUACAGACUGUGGACAUCUCUCUUCCUCCACGGCGGGUUGAUUCACCUGGUCAUCACAGUGGGGUUCCAGGUACUGGUCAUGAGAGACAUCGAGAAGCUGACCGGUGCUAUUCGCAUGGCUAUCAUCUACCUUGGCACUGGCAUCUGUGGCAACCUGGCUAGCAGUGUCUUUCUGCCGUAUGUUGUAGAGGCUGGUCCGUCUGGCUCCCAGUUCGGUAUCCUGGCCUGCCUGCUGGUGGAGGUGCUACAGAGUUGGCCGAGGUACAAGAAACCAGCUAUUGCGGUGCUCAAACUUGUGGUUCCCAUCAUCAUACUUUUCCUCCUGGGACUUUUACCGUGGUUCGAUAACUGGGCUCAUUUAUUCGGAUUCUUCUUCGGUUUCCUCCUGGCGUUUGCAUUACUGCCGUAUGUGGCUUUCGGUAAACUGGACCGGCGGCGGAAGAUCAUCACUAUUGUGAUCACACUAUGCUUGUCUGUUGGAAUCUUCGUGCUUCUUGUCAUCUUAUUUUAUGUUGUCCCACUCACAAAUUGUCCCGGGUGCCAGUACUUCAACUGUAUUCCUUUCACAGCUGAUUUCUGUAAAAACAUGGGCGUCACCAUCAAGAGAAAUUCUACAUAUAGUCUGCUUUGAAGUUGAAGCUGAUUGUAAAAUCUAUUUUUAUUUGCUCAAUGUGAAAGAGAUUUUAGAUAAUAAAGCAUUUUGUGAUCAGAUAAAUCAAUGUGUGAAUGUCGGGCAACUGCCACCAGUGUCGACUGUUGAUCGUGCAUAAUAUAGUAUGUGUUAGUUUCUAGGUUGGACGUAGUUGGUUCUCAAACAGGCAAAUCAUGGUCAAACAAAUAGUGAGAUUGGAGUGAAAUGUUUUCCGUCUGGUGGCCUUUUUACUGAGAGCCCAGGGUACAUUGUAUUUUUUCUCUCGGUCAUCCAGGUUUCAGAUAUGUAAGUUACCUCCCUUAGACUGUAGCAGGGAGUGAAAGCAACAUUGGAAAUAAGGUAUUUUUUACAACUUUAAUUCAGAAGUAAUUAUCAUACAAGAUUUCUGUUGUUAUACUUGAAAUGUGUUGGGGUUUUUUAUUUAAUUUUUUUAGCAGGUUUGUAAAGACAACAUACGAAAUAAGAUCAGUUAUUGUUCUACAAAAAAUACGAAUAGGAACUUUAUGUUCCAAUUUAAUUUACGCUAGUUUCCGGAAAGCUAUUUGUUGGGGAAUAUGAUAAACUUAUAUUGUUGGCAAGUUGUGAGGAAAGUAUGUUUAUAUUUCCUGUGAUGCUGAAAUCAAAGUUAACACUGUUACCUGUACAUAGAAACAUUGUCAACUGUAUUACCAAACCACACUGCUUCGUCUAAGGCAGCACUACAUGGCUCAGACAACCAAUACACACUAUCUAGAGGAACAUAUUUCUGUGAAGCAGUGUUGUCAUGCAAUGGAUGUUUUAGCUAAUCAAAUUGUAAACUUGUAAAACUGUCUUUGUACAAAUACGACCUUUCUUCCUUUAAGUGUUUUGAAGUGCUGUCCACUUCUUUAAAUUGAUUCACAUUCCACAUUGUUGUAUUUGACCCUCAGCUACAUCUGUGCUGUCAACUGAUGGCUAACAUGUAGGAGUUUCUAUUUGUUUUGCAUCACAAAUCAAGAUACAUUGAAAACAAUGUGCCUUUUUGUACCAUUAUCCUGCUACAGGACUAGAGAAUCAUUCCUGUGGAGGCUGCCAUCUCACUAGUGGACUAGUCAAAAUACUGAUGGACUAGUAGGAUUUCAAAGUAGGAUAGAAUCUAAUGUCUCUGUCUCUACUUGCCAGUCUUGAACCUUUCAAAAAUUGUCUUGCCUUAAAAUGUUGAAAAGUUACCAUGAUUUUUUAGUUUAUGUGAUUUUAGAUUUAGGAUCUGUUAGCCUAAACUUAAUAAAGUUCAUGAAUAUUUGUAAGUAGCCUUUUACUCUUGUGUAUAAGUCUGUAACAAUGUUUGUCAUGAUGAAACCUUCUAAAGGAGAAACUCAAUACAGUAAGUGAUGUAACUUUGGACCAAGCGAGUGCUUCCUUUCAGUUUUUAAGACUUUGUAUAAAAUCGUAUUGCUACCUACCGCCUAACCACUGUUUACUUGGUAACAAUAUUCAAGGGUAUGAAGUAUAAAUGCAUGAAAGUGAAAUAAUGUUUCUGUAUAUAAAUAAAUCUCUGCAGCAGCAACUGAUUGGCACAUUGAAAUUACAGUGGGUGUGGCCUGCAACUGAUUGGGCUUAAUAGAUUAUUUGAGAAUUGGAUACUAGAAGUGAAUAAUUUCAUUUCUCAUUCCAUAUAUUUGCAUCACGUUAUUGUUUUAUGUACAUCAGUAACUUUUGUGGAGAUUGUCUUUUCAUACAUAUGCAACUCUUGUGCCCUUUGUACAACUGGUGAUGUAUUUUACAGAAGUGUAUGAUGUCAUUUGACCAUUUUGAUUAUUUAUAUACCAUUCUCACUUUAUGCAGGCUGUUUUACAAGUUUUACUGACAACUCCCGUGUGCCUUUGACAUGGUCUACUUGGAUGCUGAUGCAUCAUCAAAACAUGAUCGUUUUGUACUUUUAUUAUUUUCAGGAUGUUUAAAUAUUUUUCUAAGCUGGUUUUCAUGUAAUGUAGGGUAGGGUAUAGCUUCAGAGUAUGAAAAAUAAGCAGAGGAGUUAGGAAAUUGAUCAUGCUGUGCAUGAUUUAGUUCACGUUUGAUACGGUAUACUUUGAUUUCACACCAGACUCAGGUUGUAGAAUCAGUAGUGUGUGUGUCCAUCUCGCAGAUGGAGGAUGCAACAUUAUGUUGCUACUUGAACAUCUCAAGAUUCGGUUUUCAUAUAUUUAUCGUUACGAAUAUCUACUGGUCAUUAUUUUCAAUUCAGUAUUUUUCAGAAGGCAAUCAAUUGCUGAAAGACCACAAAAACAGAGUAUUACUAUUUUCAUGGUAUUAAGAAAUAUUUAUUUAUAUGCCUUGUGAAAUAGUCUGCAGUAAUUGUCAACUUGUGACUCAGGAGCUGGAUCAGUUUUACCUCCAUCAAAUCAUGCUUGGAUUCGGAGUGUUCUCAGUGCUUUAAUUUAUGCUUUAGGUCCACCUGUCAUAAGUUAUCAGAAUUGUCAUACUGAAAGGGUUCACAUCCUAGAUUUGUGUUGAUUAAGAUCCGUGGUCUUGAAGCACCAUGCCUGUGUUUUGGGGUUUACAGAAGUGUAUCACAGGUAUUCAUAUCCAUGAAUCACAUCUUACAAUAGAGGUUGCUUGUGCCCAGGUGUUCAUUUGCACACACAUGUAGGUUUGAACUGAUGGAACAAUUUCACACAUAUUCAGAUGUGCCAGUAACUUGAACCUCAAGGUCAAGGCCAAGAAUUAUCUCAUUACAACAUUUGUUGAUUAGGGCUUUCCUCACUCAAGAAAUUGAUAUGUUGUGAUAUGACUUAAAACAUUUUGAAACUUUAAUUAAAACUCAAAAUUCAUUAUAAUAAUAACCCAAGUGCAAAGUUAAUUGCCUUGGUUUUCCUGAUAUUCAAUAUCCCUUGGACAUGACAGGAACCAAUGACCAUUGGUUGAAACCCCAGCUUGCCCUGGUGCUUCUGGGUUGGUCAGCAACAUACCCACACACAUGGGUUUCACGACAGAAUGGUGGGAUCUGCAUCAAUUCAGCCUUCCCUCGCACUUCGUAAUAUAGCUACUUGCAUUUAGAAACAUUAUUAAAAGCACUCCCACACUCACUCUGCUGGACAGACAGUAUUUGUGUGGACAUUUGUAAAUGCUUAUAACUUUUGAAUUUACUUUGUAAAUAUCCACCAUUCGUACUGGCAAAUAGUCUUACCUUGAGUGUAGCUUCAUAUCAUGAUGUACAUUUGUUCUAUGAUCUCUGCAAUAAUGUUCAUGCAUUUCAACUUGUGUGUCCGAGAUCACUGCUGCUCCAUUGUGGUAUAUAGUGAAAGCUUUGUAAUCAAAACACCAUUGCAGCAAUUGUUUAUUUGGAAAUACAAUUGUUAUAUGGCAUUUUGAUGCCUGUUGUAAAAUAAUUAUAUUCUAAUUUGGGUUUUUUAAUGAAUUUCAUUUGACUUCACAAACCAUUUUUUUUAUUUUGUAAAUGAAUCUGGCCUAAAUAUUUUUAUGGAACCUACUUAAAUUAUGAACAAGAUUUGUGACAAAAUUAUUUUGUACUGAAAUUUGUUUCCUUCCUUAAGUAAAUGGUUUAUUUGCAUAAGUUUUAGAGAAAUUGGUUUGGUCGAAGAUGAGAAUUUCAUUCAAAAUUUUAAUGACUGUUUAAUGGAUUUUUAUGUUCAACAAUUGCUUAUAGACCAUGUAUAUACUGUACUUUGUUAUAUUGUUGAUAGUUUAUUAAUGGCUGGAACAGUGGCAUUGAAGAGACUGUAGUCUCUGUCACUGUCAUAGCUCACUUACAUGUGUUGUUCAGUUGAAUGGAUUUUAUACUAAUGUUUUACAUACUAAAUAUUUAUGUUUGCUUCAUUGAUUUAUAGAAAAUUAAAUUGCCCCCAAUGGUA